AGACAAAAAGCUCUGUAUUUUCUGGACAUACUCUCAACGCUUUUUCUUCUCUCUCUCUCUCUCUCUCUCUCUCUCUCUGGUUCCAGUGUUGUAUCUACGCGAUUUCUUGCAAAUCUCACAAUUGGAAAUUCUCGAAAGCCCAUUUUUGUUUCCUCUCUCUCCCUCUCUCUCUCUCUCACUGUCAGAUUACUAGGGUUUUGCUUUUGCACUUACUGACUGGAUUUGUACUGACACGUGAGUGAGAUCGGCUCUUGUUCUUUUGCUGUGCGUAUCUCAGAAUUUGAGGAUGGGGAGGCAUGAACACUUACUUGGGGUGGGAGUUAGUGGGCCAAGGAGGAUGCUUGAUUGCUAAUUUUCUCUUCAUGUCAUGUACUACCCUUGCAUGCCAUUGAGAAGCAGUUUGUACAGUUAUUAUAACUAGAGAGCAAGCAGCUCCAUGGGGGACAAUGAUGGGAAAUGUUGUUAGUUAUGCUUUGUAAAGUUAUUUAUUAAGUUUCUACUUGCUGCUGGAUAUAGCCAUCAACAUAUAUUAGCUAUAAAAACAUGCCUUCAUGGUGGCCAAAGUCAUCUAAAGAAGCAAAGAAGAAAACAAGCAAGGAAAGUUUCAUUGAUUCAUUUCACCGUAAAUGCAAGAUUUCAUCUGAAAAUAAACCUUCCAGUAGAUCCAGAAGUUCUCAAAGGAAUAGCUGUGAUACUGUUUCAGAGAAGGGAUCUCAGUCCAGACCAGGGUCAAGGUCGCCAUCUCUGUCUAAACAUGUAGCAAGAUGUCAAAGUUUUGUUGAAUGUCGUCAAGCACAACCGCUUCCCCUUCCUGGUCUGCACCCUGCUGGUGUAGGUCGUACAGAUUCUGGAAUCAGUGCAUCAGCAAGACAAAAAGGCACCAAGGCAUCACCGUUUCUGCCUCUCCCAAGACCUGGAUGCAUUCAGAACAGGCCAGAUCCUGCAGAUUUAGAUGGAAACAUAGUCACUGCUUCCUUUUCUAGCGAGAGCUCCACUGAUAGUGAUGAACCAACUGACCCACCUCAGCACAGUCCCCUGGCAGCUGACUCUGAAAAUUGCAGUAGAACUGCUGCUGGAAGUCCUCCUAGCGUGAUGGUAAAGGACCAGUCUGUCAUGGAAAUGAAGUCAAGGAAACCAAUAAAACCAGCUAAUCAGCUCUUCUCUUCAUCACCUAAAAGGAGACAUUUGAGAAACCAAAUACCAAAUUUACAGGUCCCUUCCCAUGGUAAUUUGAAUUUCUUCAGUGCUCCAGAUAGCUCAAUGUCAAGUCCUUCCAGAAGCCCAGUAAGAGCAUUUGGUACCGAGCAAAUUAUAAAUGCUGCUUUCUGGACUGGGAAGACAUAUCCAGAUCUACCUUUACUUGGAUCAGGUCAUUGUUCCAGUCCAGGCUCAGGGCAAAAUUCUGGGCAUAAUUCAAUGGGAGGUGAUAUGUCAGGACAGUUAUUUUGGCAGCCUAGUCGAGGUAGCCCAGAGUAUUCACUAAUUCCGAGUCCCCGAAUGACUAGCCCUGGCCCUGGCUCCAGAAUUCAUAGUGGUGCUGUCACACCACUUCAUCCUAGAGCUGGAGGGGUAGCCACUGAUGACGGGAAACAACAAAGUCACCGGUUGCCUCUUCCUCCUGUAACAGUUUCAAAUGCUUAUCCUUUCUCUCAUUCAAAUUCAGCAGCAGCAUCUCCCUCUGUUCCACGAAGUCCAGGAAGGUCAGAGCAUCCAACAAGUCCUGGUUCUCGCUGGAAAAAAGGAAAGUUGCUUGGUAGAGGGACAUUUGGGCAUGUUUAUGUUGGUUUUAACAGUGAAAGCGGUGAAAUGUGUGCAAUGAAGGAGGUUACAUUAUUAUCCGAUGAUGCCAAGUCCAAGGAAAGUGCAAAGCAGCUGGGACAAGAAAUUUCAUUGUUGAGUCGCUUAAGGAAUCCAAAUAUUGUGCAGUAUUAUGGGUCUGAAACAGUUGGUGAUAAACUCUAUAUAUAUUUGGAGUAUGUGUCUGGUGGUUCGAUCUAUAAGCUUCUCCAAGAAUAUGGACAGUUUGGUGAACUAGCAAUUCGGAGCUACACAAAACAAAUACUGUCAGGGCUGGCAUAUUUGCAUACUGAAAAUACUGUUCAUAGGGAUAUUAAGGGAGCAAACAUUCUUGUAGACCCAAAUGGUCGUGUCAAGUUGGCGGAUUUUGGAAUGGCAAAGCAUAUCACUGGACAGCCUUGUCCAUUAUCAUUUAGGGGAAGCCCUUAUUGGAUGGCACCUGAGGUUAUCAAGAAUUCAAAUGGUUGUAACCUUGCUGUUGAUAUAUGGAGUCUUGGAUGCACUGUUUUGGAAAUGGCUACUGCAAAACCUCCAUGGAGCCAAUAUGAAGGGAUUGCUGCCAUGUUUAAGAUUGGUAACAGUAAAGACCUUCCUGAAAUCCCUCAUCACCUCUCAGAUGAUGGAAAGGAUUUUGUGAGGCGGUGUUUGCAACGUGAUCCACUACAUCGUCCUAGUGCUUCUCAGCUUUUGGAACAUCCAUUUGUGAAAAAUGCUGCAUCAUUGGAGAGAGCAGUUAUAGGUCCUGAGCUUCCCGAGGCACCUGCUGGAGCAAAAUCUAUGGAUGUUGGACUUGCUAGAAAUGUUUCAAACUUGGAUUCUGAAAGACUUGCUAUCCAUUCUUCCAGAGUUUCAACUGGUCUCUAUUCCAGCGAAGUUCAGAUUCCAAGGAAUAUAUCAUGCCCAGUAUCUCCAGUUGGAAGCCCUCUUUUACAUCCUAGGUCACCGCAAAAUUUGGAUGGAAGAGUGUCUCCAUCGCCUAUAUCUAGCCCACAUGCCAUGUCAGGCUCAUCCACACCUCUCACGGGUUGCGGUGGUACUAUCCCAUUUCACCACCUUAACCAAUCUGUUUACUUACAGGAGGGCUUUGGAAGCAAGACAAACACCCCCCAGAGUCCAUACCUUAAUAGCCCCUCCUAUCAUAAUCCAAAACAGGAUAUCUUCAGGGGCAUGCAGUCAGGAUCUCAAAUCUUUCGAGAUUUUUUGUCUAGUGAAAGUGAGACUCUAGGAAAGCAGUCUGGAAGACCCAUUCACGGUGAACCAUAUGAUGGGCAAUCAGUCUUGGCUGAUCGUGUGAGUCAGCAGCUAUUGCGGGAUCAUGUCAGACUCGGCCCAUCUCUGAAUCUCCAUUCUGUGUCUCCCACAUCAGACCGGAUUAAUGGAAUCUAACUUAGUUUUCUACUAAGGACUGCCAUUCAGGCCAAACUUGCCAAGCUGCCACUGUUUUUAGGUUUGGACGGUUUACAUAUUCUGAUCAUAUAACUAACUGUUGAAGAAGCUAACGAAGAUAGAGAGAAAUCCUUGGGCCAAAUGGACAAAUCUUUGGAAGAUGGAGAGGCUCGGUGAGUAAAUUACUUGCAGCUUCUUAUGAUUCUCGCGCUGACAUUUUAGGGUUCCUCGAAUGGGAGACAGUGGAAGUACCUCUGUGACAAUUAUACACCUAUUUGUUGAAGCCUGCUUCCUGACACAAUUUAUUGCCAUACAAUGUUACAUCAGCUUAAGCGGCCAUCUGACACUGUACUGGUCCGAGGUACCAAUGGAAGCUUGAAGCUGCUGCAGAGGAAAGAUAGCUUUCAAUGAUCGGGUGCGUGGCAGAUCCUCCAAAUGUCGUGUUACCGAAAUAAACUGUUUUAAGUUAUUUCAUUUCACGGAAGAUAAGAGUAGGCUAGAACAAUGGAGGAAUGAAUUUGAUGAUGUACAGAAAAUGGGUAAAAACUGAGGUAGGCAUCACACGUUGUGGGUGAAGCAAUCACUGAUGAAUUGAGUUUAGCAGCAUAACCCCCCAACCCUCCCCCAAUUUCUGCUGUUCUACCUAAUAUGUUGUUACACAUUACCAUUUCUGCGAAUUAAAGAGUUUAGUAGCCUCAUUUUUCAUUGUGAA